AUGGGGAAACACAAACGAUCCAAAGGCCCUGACACCGCAAACAAGCUUCCCCAGGUUACACCGCACACAAGAUGCAAACUUCGCCUAUUAAAACUUGAGCGAAUUAAGGACUACUUACUAAUGGAAGAGGAAUUUAUUAAGAAUCAGGAACUGUCCCAGGAAGAAAGAUCGAAGGUUGAUGACCUUAGAGGUACACCAAUGUCCGUUGGCACUCUUGAGGAAAUUAUCGAUGAUAACCAUGUUAUCGUGUCUACCUCAGUCGGGAGUGAGCACUACGUGAGCAUCCUGUCUUUCGUUGACAAGGGGAUGUUGGAGCCGGGAUGUUCCGUUCUGCUAAACCACAAAGUUCAUGCUGUGGUUGGAGUCCUCACCGAUGAUACUGACCCAAUGGUGACUGUUAUGAAACUGGAGAAAGCCCCUCAAGAAACCUAUGCCGACAUCGGUGGACUUGAUGCGCAAAUCCAGGAAAUCAAGGAAUCCGUUGAGCUUCCACUAACCCAUUCUGAACUGUACGAAGAAAUGGGCAUUAAACCCCCCAAGGGCGUUAUUCUCUAUGGGCCUCCUGGAACUGGCAAAACCCUCUUGGCGAAAGCCGUUGCCAAUCAAACCUCCGCCACGUUUCUUCGCGUCGUGGGUUCAGAACUUAUCCAGAAGUACCUCGGCGACGGGCCAAAACUUGUACGCGAACUCUUCAGGCUUGCUGAGGAGAACGCGCCUAGCAUUGUCUUCAUCGACGAAAUCGACGCUGUUGGCACAAAGCGCUACGACUCUAACUCUGGUGGUGAACGCGAAAUCCAACGAACUAUGCUGGAACUGCUUAACCAAUUGGAUGGCUUCGACUCUCGUGGUGAUGUCAAAGUCAUCAUGGCGACGAACCGCAUUGAAACCUUGGAUCCAGCACUCAUCAGACCUGGCCGCAUUGAUCGGAAAAUCGAGUUCCCUCUGCCCGAUGAGAAGACGAAACGGCGUAUUUUCACCAUUCACACGAGUCGCAUGACGUUGGCGGAAGAUGUCAACCUGGAAAACUAUGUCACCUCCAAAGAUGAGCUCUCCGGGGCUGAUAUUAAAGCUAUGUGCACCGAAGCUGGCCUAUUAGCGCUCCGUGAACGCCGAAUGAAGGUCACGAACGAGGACUUUGAAAAAGCGAAGGAGAAUGUGCUCUACCGGAAGAGUGAGGGUACACCUGAAGGACUUUACCUCUAG